GAAGUCAUGCUCUGGGUGAUGUGUCAGUUUUUGACCUGAUGUUCUGUGUGGACUUCUGCCUUCUGUCUGCGUGGAGUGAAUCCAUCCUUUGAAUCUCCUGUUUGCAUCUUCGCUAGAAGCUGGUAGACACCGGCUGACAGACAACAUGAUCGACUACGAGCGUCCCUCUCCAUUAGGCUUCGGGCCGGCUGGGAGGAGUGUGAUGGUUCCCGAGCUCCCUGCGCACACACAUACACACACACUGACGGCCAUGCCUCAGAGAUACUCCCACCAGAGGAGGAAAGCCAGCACAGCGGCUGCUAGGAGGAUGGAACGGAGACGCAGGGACCAGGGGAAAAGCAGCAGCAACAACAACCCAACCAGCAACCACAGCCACCGCUCCAAGAAGCUGGCCAUGCUCUCCAGGUCCCUGAUCCUCUGUCACUCUAAGACUAAUGAUGACUGUCCAGAAGAGAGGCAUGCUGGGGAGGUGGCAGAUGGGUGCAGAACAUGGGGCCCAGGCUGCCGGGCAGACGGGACUGCUGAGGAUCAAACGCGGUACCGAGAUACAGAAAACAGACACUGGAGGGCAACCCAGCAAUCGGCCCAGGAGAAAAGAGGAGGCACCGAGGCAGAUAACCAGCUGCAUCACACCACCAUACUCAGGGAGAAUAAAAGGAGCAUACGGAGGUCCUUCAGCAUCAAGGAGAGUAGUAUCUGGAGGAUGUGUGUAGCCACAGGGCCUGCUGAGGAGGUGUGUGGACCACAAAUGGCUGAUAACAGCGUCCAGACGGAGGACAAAGACACUAAUGUGGAGCCAGGGAGGAAUGGAGGGGACCUACACAGAGGCUGCAGCUUCCCGAGCCCAGACAAGCUGGCACCCUUUAACGGACAGUUUCUAAACGGCAGUGCUUGGAUGGCAGGGGAGGAGAUGAGGAGCAGUCACAUCAAAGCCUACAGUGAGGACAUGUCCACAUGUGAAGACACUCUCCAUUCAGGUAGUCUGUCUACAAACCCACAGCAUCCAGCUCUCAUAUCCCCGUCUGAUCCUCUGUCAUUGCCUGGAUACGCAGACGAAGAACUUCUGGCCAACAACAACCACCUCAAGUUACCCAUCCCAGAGGUGAAUGAGGAGAAGUGCUGGAACACGGAGAAGACUGAGCAGAGCCCACCAGGACAGACGGCCAGCAAUAGGACACGCUCCAAUUCAACCAGUGUUCAUCCUUACUGGAUCGGGGAUCUGGACAGCAUCAUCAUGAAGACCCCAGAGCUGUAUACUAGUCAUCCUCAUGGGAAUGGUGGUUUAUAUGGAAACAGGAAGUCUCUGUCCCAGCAGCUGGAGUUUCCUCACACCACUACACAACCUGUUCACCGUCCAUCCCGUUCUCUCAGCUCCGCCCAGCUGGUACACUCCUGCAGCAACGUGCAAGCCUUCAUAAUCUGUAAUGUUGUGCUGAUGAAGGGCCACGGCAAGGGUCUGGGCUUCAGUAUAGUGGGCGGAAGGGACAGCAUGUACGGACCAAUGGGGAUCUACGUCAAGACUAUAUUCCCUGGAGGGGCAGCAGCUGCUGAUGGGAGGCUGCAGGAGGGUGAUGAGAUCCUGGAGCUGAAUGGAGAGUCACUACAUGGUCUGACUCAUGAUGAAGCCCUGCACAAGUUCAAACAAAUCAAAAAGGGCCUGCUGACUCUGGUGGUGAGGACCAGCCUGCGCGUGGGGGCCCUGUGUGGUCAGGCGCAGGUGGCCCAGCUGUGCAGGUCACGCUCCCUCAGCUCCACCACAGGCAUGGCCAGGGUCAGUGCCGACAUGGGAGACUACAACUACCUGAACAACGCCUGCAGCAACACACUGAGUGUCUCGGGUCAGCCUGCUAAGCCCAGAGACCGCAUCAUGAUGGACAUCAUCCUGCACAAAGAGGCCGGUGUUGGUCUGGGUAUUGGACUGUGCUGUGUUCCAUCUGGUGACGGGUGCCCUGGGAUCUACAUCCACACCCUCUCUCCUGGAUCGGUAGCACACAUGGAUGGUAGACUGCGCUGCGGGGAUGAGAUCAUGGAGAUCAACGACACUGUGGUUUACAACAUGGCGCUGAAUGACGUCUACACGGUACUGAGUCAGUGCUCGCCAGGUCCGGUCCACAUCAUCAUCAGUCGACACCCCGACCCCAAAGUAUCAGAGCAGCAGCUGAAUGAUGCUAUCGCUCAGGCAGUGGAAAACAGCAAACUGAGAAAGGAUAAGAGCCAGUGGAGCAUUGAUGGGCUGCGUAGACUGGAGUCCUGCUCCCACAGCCGGCAGAGAUGUGAACAUUGUCUGGAGAGGAGUUUCAGUCAGCUGACGGUUCGACGAGCACAGAAGACCAUGAGCCGCUCCUGCAGCGACAACACCAAUGGCCACCACCACCACAACCACUGCCUCGCCAUACACAACCUCCACAACAACGCACACCAUAACCCGUCGGCCCGCGUCCACAGCCUAGACGCACCCAAGUCUUUGAGAGAGACAUGGUCUGACAACAGGUUGUCAGUGCCCGUGUAUCCUGAUGAAGACUAUAACGUCCCGUACAACUCUGCUGCUGCCAACCUGUCCAGUCAGCAGGCCCUGGAUCUGGCCUUCAGGGGCAACAAGUCCACCUGCAGGGUGCGUGCUACUCCACGUCGGUACUGCUGGCCUCAGGAUGUGACCAGUGAGGAGGGUUAUAACGGAGACUCCAGCGGCUCCAGUAGAGGAUCCCCAGUUAGAGAUGGAGGACUGGAGUCCUCUUCACACACCAGCUGCCAGCAGGAAGGAGAACGAAUAAGAGAAGAGUCCAAAGAAGACUUCACUCAUCCAGACACUUCAGCCUGCACCACCGACAGACUGCACACAGGGGAUUCAUCAGCUGGGCUCUGCUCACAGCCAAAGAGAGGAGCUCUGAGGAGACAGGCUCGUAUCGACCAACAUACCCAAGUACAGCUCCAGGACCCCUGGGUUCGCCUUUCAGACAGCUCCCCUGAACAGCUGCCCGAGAUCCAUCACCGCCACCGCCACCACCACCACGCCGCAGACAGAACUCAGCCAGUCAACGUCCACAGCAAGCCCGCCGCCAUGAGUGACGAAGAGAACGUGUCCGAGCUCAACGGCACGGCCACAGACGUGACGUCAGAUCCUCCGUCCGACUUGACUCCCGAAAACACAUCUGAAUCUCCUCUGGAAGCAAAGACGGCGCCCCCGGUGGCACCCAAGCCUGUCUGGUUUCGCAAAAGUCUGAGGAAAAUUCGGGAUGAGCAGGACCAGAAGAAGCCGGCCAAACCCGCAGAGCAGAGGCCUGCCGUGGGCUUCAACAGAAACUUCGGAAUAAGAUCGGCCUCAUCUGGAGCCAACCUGUCAAUCAGACAAAAGAUCCACUCAUUUGAGACUUUUUCCAGUGCAGAGGGUCCAGAGAAGGGGGGCAACAUGAAGCCUGUGGCCCCUUCCACCUCUCUUCCUCUGGAGAAGGAGUCCAGGAGUCAACCUGCCUCACAUGGAGAUUAUGGGAAGGGCACACAUGAAAUCCCAGAAGAGAUCCCGGCCAACCCGUCUUCAUCUAUUAGGGAGACGGACAACAGAAGCGUCUCUGCUGUCACCUCCUUUGCUUCUGAAGCUUGUAGUCCAACAACAGCAACAGAAGAUGAACCAUCCUCUAUCCAAUCCCCCACAGAUCUCCCACUUCCUGACACCGUCAACACUGAUCUGGACUCAGGGAUGGAGGAUUCUCAUUCUGCUCCAGUCCACGAUGACAGGAAUGACUUUUCAUCACACAGGGAGUCUGAGCUGGAAAGAGUGGAUCUUACCGGGUCCACAGAGUACAAAUCCCUGCCACCCGAGACAUCUAUGAGCUCCAAUCAAGCCGAAGAGGAAAGUCCUCCAGAAGGGACGGAGGAAGAUGGAGCACAGAGCCAAGGAAAGCUGAGUGCUACUCCACCCACAGACAUUAACCCCCCGAGAGGCCUGGAGGGCGAGAGUUUGGGGAAAAUCCUCGCCUUCAGUAACCAGGUUUCACAAGCGUUGAUGCGCUCUCUGCCCUUCCCCUGCCAUGGUAACCCUCACACUCCAAACCUGCAGGACCUCUCUGCAGUGGAUCCUAGUAACCCUCAGGAGUCCGAGCACGCCUCGGACAGCUCCGACAGAGGAUUCUCUGUCAGCUUGGCCACGCUGAGGGAGUGUACCAUUGAGCGAGGGGAGGGGGGAUCUCACGACGAGGCAGCAGUCACUUCUGCUUGCGCUCACUCUGUCAUCUCAGCCAUCCCCUCACAGGAAAUACAGAAGAUGAUCCAGGAAGUCAAAGAUUUGGACGAAGAGACGCUGAAGCAACUGGUGGACAUCCACGUUGUGAUUCUGCAUAAAGAGGAGGGAGCUGGGCUGGGCUUCAGCAUCGCUGGAGGGUCUGACCUGGAGAGCAAGGCUCCUACAGUCCACAGGGUGUUCCCCAGCGGCCUGGCGGCUCAGGAGGGCACCAUUCAGAAAGGAGAUGAGGUGUUGUCAAUAAACGGACAGACGCUGCGCGGCCUCACGCACGCCGACGCCACCGCCACUGUGCGUCAGGCCCGCAAUCUGAAGCAGGCUGUGGUGGUCAUCUGCAAGAGAGCAGAGGAGGAAGGAAGAGAGGGAGGCGGCUGCAGGAGCGAAGAGCCCAACCCUGCAGUGGCGGAGCAGGGAGCUCCGGUGACUGUGGAGCUGGAGAUAGGAGCCGGAGGAGUUGGGAUUACUCUCGAGGGAGGAAAAGGCUCAAUCCAUGGAGAUAAACCUUUAGUCAUCAACAGGAUCUUUACAGGUGGAGUAGCAGAGCAGAACGGUCUGCAGCAUGGCGAUGAACUGCUGCAGGUCCAGGGAAUCAGUCUGCAGGACAUGACUCGCUUCGAGGCCUGGAACAUGAUCAAGGCUUUACCUGAAGGGCCCAUCACAGUGGUCUUCAGGAGGAGGCAGGGGGGGGUCGAAUGACGAGACACAGCUGCUGGUAGUGGCUUACAAAUGAAGAGGCCAAAGAAAAAAGAAAAGAAACAAUAGCACUGGAGGCACGCAGAUGUUGGCCAUUUAUUAACAGUCUGAAUGAAUACAUUACUAUUAUUUUUAUAGCACAUUUCUGAUCAGAUAUGAAAUUUUAUUAAAGGGUCAGUUCACCCAAAUCCCCCCAAAACAUACUUACUCAUACCAGAGUCCAGAUUAGUCUCAUUGUUAGCUCCAGGUCUGUCCAGGAUUAUCCUGCAUACUGAUGUCUUGUUUACAGUGAAAUGGGAUCUGAGUUGUUGAAUACAGAGUCCAGUUAGUGUCAUUGGUGGGGGAAAAAAAAAAAUGGUGCACAAAGUACUAAUUGUUGUCCUCGAAUUACUGAAUUUGUGAUUUCGGAUUAAAACAUUUGAAAGAUAACACAAUGGUGUUCAACGGGCGAGGUUUUUUUGCUCAACAGAAGGAAGCAGCUGAAUCGCAAGAAUCAAAGCCGCAAGCAGCAGUGAUUGGGUUUUGGUCUUCACAAGGCAGGGCAAAGUCACUUCAACUGGUUUAAGUCUGUAUAAAGAAGCAGUGAGACAAAUCACAAACUUGUUUCAUCAUUACAAUGUAUGCAGCCUUUCAGUACUUGUACUCUCAAAGUCCUGCCGGUCAUUUCAACAGCUUAAUUAAAAAUAUCCAGCCAUUUUUGGUG